AUGCCUGGUGUAUUGAGGUUUGAGCAGAAAUGGGCUAGCCUUAACCCUCCUAAAAAGAGUGGCAGUUUAAAUAGGAAACGGGUGAGCCAGCUUCCCAAGCUUCAAGCGCCAGUGUUGGUGAUCAUGAGGUGCGGCCAGAAGGAGGAUUUGGAGAAGAAGGAGCUCCUCUCAAAGCUGGCCAUACUAGACACUCUCCUGGCGAAGAAAGAACCAUUAUCUGAGGCUGAAGAAAUUCUACACACAACCCUCGAGUCAGCGGAUUAUGGUUUAGGGAACUCAGUCGACAGUGUCUUUAGCGAAACGAAAGAUCUUAUCCACCGGGACCAAGCUGAGAUAAGCGCAAACAAUGCUCGUGCGGCUGCUCAAUACCCUCCUCAACCCGAGGUUGAGUUUGGCUUUCCACAGACAUGCUACUGUGGUCGGAAGCCUCAUCUUGCAACAUCGAAGAGUAUGAAUGAUCUAGGUAGAAGAUACUACACAUGUGAGAGUGUGAAUGAUGGAGAGUGCCAUGUUUGGAAAUGGUGGGAUGUGGCGCUUAUGGAGGAGAUGAGAGCUCGGGAUGUACACGUCCUUCAACUGGCUGAAAAGGUGGAUAAUCUUAGCCUUUUGACUGACUAUGAGACUGAGCAGAAAGUGAUCAGGCUAGAGAAGCUUGUGUCUGAUUUAGGUAAGGAGAAAUCAAGGUUUGGCAAUGGGUUUGAAGGCUUUGUAGGUGUGGCGGUUAUUGUUUUAGUUUCUAUAUGUAUGCUCCUCAUGUUUAAGUAAAUGAAGACAUGAGGAGAAGCUAGUGUCUGAUAUGUAGCUCCUUAUGGUUAUUGUAUGCACGUUAUGGAAAUGAACCACUUUGUAUGCUAUGCACGUUAUGAUUAGUGUCUGAUAUGUAUGCUCCUUAUGCUUUAUAAUGAACCUUUUGUAAUCAACCUUUUCUAAUGUUUCUGAAUUUAUUA